ACGUAUCUCCWCCAUGCAUGCUUACACGAGAAGUUUUCCGACCGCUGAGUACAGAUACAAAGAAAGAAUUUUACGCUAGCCAAUGAUAGAUUCUUGACAAGCUCGAGACUAGUGAAGCACAUCAAGGCGUGACUGUCAACAUUCCAGCAUCAAAAUACUCACUGGACUUACGAAAUAGACCCUCAUAGCUCCGUAUUGGACUACAAGAAACCGCUGUGAGUGCGAAUAUUUUCGGUUUCUUUUGAUAUUUUUAUAGUAUCAGGAAAAGAUUACAGCGUCUCGACAGUCUGCCCUGGGAUCGUGUACGAAGUCUUUCAUUGAGAGCUUAUGAAGUGGCGAUACUGUAGCCAAAAGACAGUUAAUUAGGAUUACCUCUCCACAUUCUAGUUCAUUGGUCUUGCACACCAAGAAAUUAUCAGAAAGUUCCUAACCGUAAAUAUCGGUUUUUCGACGUUUUUAACACGGCUUCGUUUAUACCAGAAAAUUCUUGAUGUCACGCAAUGCACGAGGUCGAUCGAGUGCGGUCAAUCUCGGGUAAUGCCUAUUGUAUUUACUAAGAACAAGGCCAAUGUCGUUCAACUCCAAGAUGGCAGUCUGAUCAAUUCUCUCUACAAAUGAAAUAUGUUGGCGUUUAAAUUCCCCUCGAUAAAAAGAAAGAAGAAGGACCGUGAUAAAGCUGAGAGCAAAGAAGAAAAGCGCGAAAGGAGAAAAAGGGAAAAAGCAGAGAAGGAGGGUCGUAAACAUGCUCAUGACAAAAAACAAGCUGAUCCAACUAUCAUCGGAGACAUCGUUGCAGGAUCGACUGGGGAUUUAGACGACAAAAAGGGUACAAGAUUUAGCUUUAGAAAGAGAAAAUAUGAUGUUGAUCAUGAAUUUGAUGAAGAAAAUCGUCCUGUUUCCAACGAAACAGGAUAUGAUGUUAGGCAGAGCUACUCGAGUAGCGAUGGUGAUACGAAACAUGGCUCUGCUGCAAGUACUCGAGAAGAUUACGUUGAUUCUAAUUACAGUGGGGCUUAUUCAGAGAGAAUUGACCGAAAUUCAGAGCCUGUACCAGCUCCAAGGAGGAAGAAAACUUCAAGUGUUGAGAUAAAGCUGUCUAGCAAUAGCACUGACUCGAUGAAUGGUGAUCAAAGACACAGAAGUGACAGUGACCGUGAUAGGCCUUAUCCUGCAGAGCGCAGUUAUAGAUCAGAAAGGAAUGAUCAUGAACAUAAAACAAAGUCUUUACAUUCUGGUGGGCGCACUAUUGCCCUGUCUGGGACCCCAAAUAGGGAUAAGCAAGAUCCAAUAGGUCCGCCAAAACCUCCAAGAGUCGUUAAACCUGACGACACAGGAGUUGUCGAGUUUAGGCUUGUCAACUCAGGAGUGAAUAAGACCUCAUAUAUGGCCAACGAACCACGAGAAAUAGUCACAGUCUCUUCAGUAAGUAAUAGUUAUUCUAGUCCUUAUGAAGAUUUUAUGGAUGCAAGUAUGGAAGAAAAACCUAUCAAGAUUGAUUCCUCAUCUCCUUUGGAAACCGCCAGCCCUGACAUCACAAUCGACAUUACUUCUCCUACAGAAAAGUCAUUUGAAGAUCUAGGAGUGGAUCUUACUCUUCCAGAGGUUGUGCCUGCUUCUCCUGGAAUACCUAGGGUUAUCAAGAUACAACGUCGUAUGAGUGGAGAUUUUGGCUUUGCAUUGCGUAGAGGUACAGAAAGUGGCAAUGACAAAACAGUUCAUUUUGUAGAGCCGGUUGGRCCAAAUACUGCAACAGGAAUACUUCCUGGRGAUCGACUUAUAGAGGUGAAUGGAGUCAAUGUGGAAGACGUAGAUAGAGAAAAGAUUAUUGAGAUGAUUGCAAUGUCGGGCAAUGAGGUUGUCAUAAAAGUUGUGCCAGUAUCAGAACUCUCAGAGCUUAGCGUUCGUAGUGGACUUGAUGGUUCGUCUGUACAACUAGAUGAAUCGAAUCUCAAGGCUGGCACAUUACAACGAAGUGGUAGCAAGCGCAUGAAGAAAAAGCCCAAGUCAGCGGAGGAAACAGCAUCUCAAAAAGCCUGGCAAGAUGCAGAGAAGGUGUGGGUGGUUCAUAAGGCAGGGUUUUCAGGAGGAAGAGUCCAGAGAAUCAAAUCUGCUGAACAAGAGGAAGAUGAAACACCCAUGUGUAAAGUGAAGUUAGAUCAUGGUGGAGAAGUUAUCACUAUAGAAGAAGAGAGCAUUGAAAAGGCCAAUCCACCUCAAUAUGACCGAGCUGAAGACCUGGCUUCACUCCGCUAUCUCAAUGAGUCAAGUUGUCUGCAUACACUUCGUCAACGACAUGGAAGUAAUCUUAUCCAUACCUAUGCAGGUCCAAACCUAAUUGUUGUUAACCCCAACCAAAACCUGGCUAUUUACACAGACAAAGUUAUCCAAAUGUUUCGUGGUUGUAAACAAGAGGACAUGCCUCCACACAUCUUUGCCGCAGCACAGACAGCAUAUCGUAACAUGCUUGCAGCAAGACUGGACCAAUCAAUCGUCAUGAUGGGUGCAAGUGGUUCAGGAAAGACAACUUGUGCAAAACACAUUCUUCACUACUUGUCUGUUACAGCUGCUUCCAAUCACUCGGCCGUCACAGAUCAAAAGUUUGAAGGUAUCUUUGCCUUACUUGAAGCAUUUGGCAAUGCACCAAACAAACUGAACAAAAAUGCAUCAAAGCUAACCUUGCUUGUGAGCCUGGACUUUGAUUCAGCUGGUUUAAUUACUUGUGGCACCCUGCAGACAUUUCUUCUWGAGAAGUCAAGAGUUGUACGUCAACCUGAAGGAGAAGGUCCCUUUCACAUCUUUAAGUAUCUAUUGGCCGGCAGUGAUGCAAAACUACGGAAGGAGCUUCAAUUGGAUAGAGCUCUCAGUGAACAUAAUGAUUUUAUUUCUGAUUUUGACCCUCUGCCCUCAGAAACACAACGCCUCUCAAACAAGUGGACAGAGAUAGAGUUUGCUUUAAACAUGCUUGGAAUAUCAGUUGAUGAAGCAAAGUCUAUUUGGAGUUGUUUAGCUGCUAUUUAUCAUCUUGGUGGUUCUGGUAUCAACAUAGGUCAAGACAACAAACCACACUUCACUAACCCUGCUUCUGUACAAAGAGCUGCUGCAGUCUUAGGAACAACCCAAGAAGAAUUGACAGAAAUCAUCUUUGCACCUCCUCCUGUCAAUCAAUUUACUAUUCGAAUGAGACAGAAAUCUAGUGACUCGAUGAGCCCUCCUUCAUCUGCCGAGGCAACUCCUGAGAGACAAGCAAAGAGUGCGGCAUCUAGUUACAUUGAAGCACUUGAAGGCUUUGCUAUCGGUCUUUACCAAGAAGCGCUGUCUGCACUCAUGAAGAUUAUCAAUCGAUCACUACAGUGUGGUUUACGUAGCGUGUCGACUAUUCAUGUACUAGACUCGCCGGGMUUUCAAAAUCCUACUGCUUACAAGAAGGAGCAUGGCGCCACCUUUGARGAUCUGUGUCAUAACUACGAGACUGAACGACUUCAAAAGUUCUUCCACCACACUGUAUUUACUUCACAAAUGGAGAGAUAUGCACAGGAAAAUAUUGAAUGCAGUUUUGAGAGUAAUGCAACUUCUCCUGACCCUGUAGUCGGGGUGUUUGAUAAGGCAGUACAAGGAUUGACCAGGGGGUCAACUUUGGAUCUUAAAAAUGAACAAAAAGGUCUUUUAUGGAUUCUUGAUGAGGAGUCCAUCUUCCCUGGUGCCAAUGAUAGCAGCUUUUUAGCCCGAGUGUAUGUCCAUCACUGUAGCGACAAGCAAUCUUGGGUAAAGCAAGGGCCGCGUAAGGAUACAUUCUAUGUAAACCAUUGUCAAGGGACAAUUCCAGUAUUGUAUAAUGCUAAAGGAUGGUUAAAACAGGCUAGAGAACACUCAACAUCCAAGCAAGCCAAGGGUGUUCUCUCAGAUUCCUCCAAACCUCCUAUUGCAGACAUGUUCAGUAACCGUAAUACGGGUGACAGCAGUAUUUCUAGAUCAAGAAGCUUUAAAAGGACAUCCAUGUCGCCAUCACCUGCCAUCAAAAAGAAUUCUCAAUGUCUUCAGUUGAUUUAUCAAGUGGAUACAAUCCUCGAGGCGAUUCGCAAAACCAAAGUGAAUUUUGUCCGUACUAUUGUGCCCGUCAUCUAUGAUGCUAGUGAAGGAUCCAAAGAAAAGGCAAAAGACCUAACGUCAAUGGAUGUUCCUCUGGCAAGACUUCARCUACGAGCUGCUGAGAUGCUGGAUGCUAUACGAAUUCACAGACAAGGCUACCCCGAGCACAUGCCUUUUGCUGAAUUCAGACGUCGAUUCGAUAUCUUAGCACCAACAGAAUGUAGGAAUACCGGGCCAGUCUUGGAUGAGAAAAAGGGAGUAGAGACAUUAUUAGAACAUCUCGACCUUGAUAAAAGGAGUUAUCGACUUGGUUUAAGUCAGAUAUUUUUCCGGGCCGGUUCCCUCGCACAGCUAGAAGAUGCCCGUGACGAAAAGAACACUGGGACUAUUGUCGAAUUGCAGUCUCUUUGUAGAGGAUACUUGGCUCGAAGGAAAUUCAAAAAAUUACAAGUUCAAAAUCGUGCGAUGUUUUGCAUUCAAAAGAACCUGCGUGUGUUUGCUGCUGUUAGGAACUGGCCAUGGUGGAGACUCUAUACCAAGGUGCUUCCUCUCUUGAAUGUUCAUCGAGCUGAAGAAGAACUUAAAUCGAAAUCGACGGAAGUCGACGCUCUCAAAGCAAAKAUCAUCAAACUUGAAAAUGAAAACAGAGAAUUAAAUGGUGACAAUGAGAAACUUGAGCAAAAGGUGGCAGAGUUGUCUGCGGCGUUAGCUGAGGACCGAGCCGCAUCCAAUCAUGCAAACCAAGAACUUGAACAAGAAACUAUGGAACGAAUGCGAUUAGAGAGAUCGUACAACGAAUUACAGGAAUCGUACGAUGAGAUGAAGAAAAAGAAAGAAAAGCUGAGCAAAGACCUCGCUGAUGCUCGUGCAAUGGCCUCGUCUGCUGCUCGACCUAUCGUCAAACUUGAACGUUAUCAGGGUGAAGGUGCCUCGAACGACGAAGAUGAAGACGAUGAGGAUGAAACGUUUUACCGUGACCGAUAUCUUCAAGCUUCUCGACAACACGACGAACUAAGGCGGAGAAUCCAGGACGAGUCUGACAAAGUAGUAGAAGAACUGACCAAUCAGAAGAGAGCUCUCGAGAGAAAGUUAACGGAAGAAAAGGCUGAAAAUGAUGAGCUUCAUCGAACAGUAAGCGGACUGAAGAAAAAAUCGUCACGACUCAACGCAGAAAUGGAAGAUUUGAAGUUAGUUCUCGAAGAYGAACARUCAAGAAAUGCAGAACUGGAAAAGAAACAAAGAAAGUUCGAUAUCGAAUCAAAUCGCUUCAAAGAAGAAGUCUCGCAUGAACGAAAUCUCAAAGAUAAAAUCAACCGAGAGAAAGAAAAAUAUCAGUCUGAAAAAUAUCGCUUGGAAAAAGAACUAGAGGACUCUAAAGAUGAACUUGAAAGACUGACAAAAGAAAAUGAAAGACUCAACCGUGACAUCAACGACAUGUCAGGGAACCUGGGCACUAAAGUUGAUGGAGACUCUGUGGCAUUAAAGAAAACCAUCCGUGAGUUGGAACAAAAGGURCAAGACCAAGAGGAAGAGCUUGAYGAACAAGCAGGAGAGAUCCAGGUUUUAGAACAAGCUAAACUACGCCUGGAAAUGGCUGCCGAGCGGGAGAAAGUACGUGUUCAAAAAGAACUUGAAGCGAAAGAUGAAGAAGUAGAAGACAUUCGACAAACGAUGCAGAAAAAGAUGAAGCAGCUAGAGGCACAACAAGAAGAUGAACAUGAAGAAAAAACUGCCUUGAUAAAGGCAAAGCGUGACAUGGAGAGGCGUCUUCAAGAAUUACGCGAUAGCUACGAACGUGAUAACGCUGAAAACGAAAGGCGACUUCGUCGUGAGCUGAAACGAACCAAAGCAUUGCUUAGAGACGCACAAACAGUGAUUGACACCAUGGAGAAGAAAAUGAAGGAUAAAAAUCAAGUGAAGAUCCUCAAAGACAAGCUAGAAGAUGCUGAGUAUUCUGCACAGGUCGCACUUAAGGGAAAGAAGAAAAUCGAAGAAGAUUUGAAGGAUGURCAGUCACAGUUGGACUCAUUGACCAAGUCCAAGAUAGAGGUUGAAAAUAAAUAUUUCACGCAGUUGAAAGAAGCAACGUCGCUGCAGAGUCGAGUGGAAGAAGACGAGGAGGAAAUUGAGGCACUUACAGAGAAGAACAGACAGAUGAUGAAACAGUUAUCGACAGCAGAGACACAAUUACGUGAGAUGGACAAUCUACUCCAGGAGACGAUAGCCGAGAAAGAAUCUCUUGAAGCCAAGAUUUCUAACAUGGCUACUCGUAUGGAAUACUUAGAAGGUUCUACAGUAGACAAACAGCAACUAAAUACCAUGGACAGCAAGAUGAGAGAAUUAGAAACAAAACUUGAUUUAGAAGGAUCGACAAAGCGAAGGCAAGAUGUACAAGUUAACAGAUUAAAAGAACAAGUWUUAAGAGUCCAAGAAGAAAGGGAUGACGUCCUGCUACGUGAAACCAAACUAGCACAGGAAAACUUAAGGCUGGAGAGACACAUGCGAGAAAUCAAGGAAGAAGCUGACGCUGUAGAGAAACGUGAAACUGAAUGGAAGAAAAAGAAAASUGAAAUGGAACGGGAAAUGGAAGCUCUUGAAGUUGACUUGGCAUCYGCCAAACAAGAACUAAGUUUAGCAAAGAAAAGAGUUUCUGAAUUACAACACGCGYUGGAAGACGACAUGAAUUAUGACUCAGAUGGAUUGUCACACGAAAAUUCGGAUCUUAGUGACGACUCUGAUACAAACAUCGAGACAUCUUCGGCAGUUCCGUCGGAGCCKCGGUCCUACCGAUCAAUAGAAGAUCUUGAAAAUGAUGACGAACUGGAAUUAAAAUUAAAGAAAAAGCUUACAGAGAUUAAAGAUUCAACGGAUACGCGGAGCGAGACGGGAAGUUCGUCGACMCGWAGAACCAGCGCUAGCGCWAGUCUUAGUCCAAAAUCAGACAAAGACGACUCCAAGGAUGAAUCAAGAAGACGGAAAAGUGAUCAAAAAUCAAGGGAAGACAGACGAAAGAAAAGCAUUGAAAAGCGAAAAAGUCUUGAACGAAUGAGUCGGAAGGCUAAACGGGACACUCCGGGAGCUUUUGACAUCUAAUCUUAACCAAUCAAAUUGAAGCUUUCAGAAGCAAAUGCCUGAAAUUGAAAUGUACGUUGAAAUGUGUUAAAGCCAGACGAAGAAAUGUUAUCAGUUUGUACACUGACGAUCAAAGAUUCGUUUUGAAAUGAGUGGAAAAAUCAUUAUUCAUCUUGGCCUCUCAAGUCCCUCAUUAGUGCUUCMUUUUUUGCGUGUAUUUUCCUUCAUGUUUUUUCCUCUUAUACAAAGCGAACCUAUUAGCGUUGCCGUCACACUSUCACGUGAUCAUGCAUUUAUUUUCGUUAUCAUUCCACUAGUAUCCCACAGUGCACCGCUCGGUGUGUUAUAUUUGACAAUCGAGCAUGCGUAAUUACAACACUUUAAGAAGUGUCACUGGCAUCUUGGUUUUUGUACGAUUAAGAAGCUUGCAAUGUCAUCGAGUUUCUGUGCAGUAAAAUUGUGAMAUUGAUUCAGUCGAUAUAGUUAUUGCAGGGUUCUUACUCGACCAAUCUAGUAAUAAAUCAAUGUACCAGUCAAAUGUUUCGCUAUUUUUAUAUGAUUAAUAUUCUUUCAAUUUUGUCGCAUGUGAUAUAUGCASUAUUGACACUUGACUUGAGGAUCGUUGUAUAAUUUGGUUAUUUAAGAGCGAUAAUAGUUUUAUAAAGUACUGCUCCAAUGGCUAAUAGUAGUAAGGGCAAAGGAAUGUUUUAUACAAAUGAUUAAUGGGUCAAAUAAACUCAAACAUAAAGUA